AUGCGUUGUCCCUAUCCCAAGGCAACUCUUAUCAAGUUCUUCGACUACCUACGAUGGUCACAAGAACAGCCAACAGGGGCUAGUGUCACGCAAGAGUACCACAAUGCGACAACCACCUCUGGCGAAAUUCCCUUAUACGUGGCCGUCCGAGAAGACCGGCUUUGUGCGAUCAAGUGGUUAGCGGGGGACUAUCCACCUACCAUGCUGUUCGCUAACCCGAGGGUACCGAUCAACAUUAACGUGUUAAACGUAGCCGGCUACAGCCCGUUCGACGAGUGCCUUUCCCGGUUUACCGAUGCCAGUGUCGCGGUCUUUGCCCGUAUUCUACCUCUCCAGACAGACUUCCUGCCGGGCUUAGGCGGCUCGGUGGCCCUUCCAACCUUUCAAGUAACCGAGGUCCUCGUUUCCAAAUUCGUUGCUGUGGCGGAUACCGAGCGGGUUCGGCUCGAGGCUGCGCGUGGAGCCAAGGCCAUCAAAGAACGGGAGUUCCGUAUGCUACGGGCUAAUUCUCGGCGUAUCAUUGGGCGGAAAUGGCGGAUUCUCUCGAAGCAGCUCCGGCCAGCAUGGUUUACCUCCAUAGAGUUCCGUCGGGCAUUUCGCGGGCUCGCAACAAAUAAGAAUCAUUGGCUCCGUGCAAGCCUACUAAGCGGGAAGGAUACUAUCACAAGACAGUCCAGUAGAUUUGAUCGUGAUAACGUUUAG